AUGUCAGAUUUUUACACUAGUCUAGGGGGCAGAUCAAUUCGGGUGUUUUCACCGAUUCAAUCCGAUUUAACUAAACAUAUACGGAUACACACAGGUGAAAAACCGUUCUCAUGUACCUAUUGUCAUUACAAGACUGCUAAAAAAGGUAGUUUAAAUACUCAUAUACGGACACAUACAGGUGAAAAACCGUUCUCAUGUAACUAUUGCCAUUAUAAGACCACCCUAAAAUCAACUUUAAUUAAACACGAAAGGACACAUACAGGUGAAAAACCGUUCUCAUGUACCUAUUGUCAUUACAAGACCGCAUUAAAAUUUAAUUUAAAUACUCAUAUACGGACACAUACAGGUGAAAAACCGUUCUCAUGUAACUAUUGCGAUUACAAGACUGCUGUAAAAUCAGCUUUAAUUAGACAUAUACGGACACAUACAGGUGAAAAACCGUUCUCAUGUAACUAUUGUGAUUACAAGGCUGCUGUAAAAUCAGAUUUAAUUAAACAUAUACCAACACAUACAGGUAAAAAACCGUUCUCAUGUAACUAUUGCCAUUACAAGACUGCUGUAAAAUCAGAUUUAACUAAACAUAUACGGAUACACACAGGUGAAAAACCGUUCUCAUGUACCUAUUGUCAUUACAAGACUGCUAAAAAAGGUAGUUUAAAUACUCAUAUACGGACACAUACAGGUGAAAAACCGUUCUCAUGUAACUAUUGCCAUUAUAAGACCACCCUAAAAUCAACUUUAAUUAAACACGAAAGGACACAUACAGGUGAAAAACCGUUCUCAUGUAACUAUUGCCAUUAUAAGACCACCCUAAAAUCAACUUUAAUUAAACACGAAAGGACACAUACAGGUGAAAAACCGUUCUCAUGUAACUAUUGCCAUUAUAAGACCACUCAAAAAUCAACUUUAAUUAAACACGAAAGGACACAUACAGGUGAAAAACCGAUUUGAGGUAAACACUCUCUAUAGAAAAAAAAAUCUUCAGUAAUUAUUUCAGUAGGUUGUAGGUAUAGUUAGUAGUAUAAAAGCAGUAAAAGAUGUAGCUAAAAGUCUUUGGUGUAAGUAGGUAGGUAUACUAUACAGGGUGUAAACGAUAAGUGAUCUCACUCGAUUAUUUCUAAACUAUACAAGAUAUCGAAAAAUUUAUUACUGACCCUGAAAGUGCUUACCGCGUACGUGCUUACCCAGUUUUUGGAUAUCUUGUAUAGUUUUUAAUAUUAUGUGGUUUUACUAAAUGUAUGGAAGCUGGAAACAUUGAAUUUUCGUAUAGAUCCAUUUAUUUUGUAACCUAUUAUUGGUACCGUUGGAUAGAGCUCGGGAAGCACUUUCAGGAUCAGUAACCAGUUUUUGGAUAUCUUGUGUAGUUUAGAAAUAAUCGAGUGAGAUCACUUAUCGUUUCCAUCCUGUAAAGGGAGGCACACAGAAAAGGCCUAAGUUACCAACAACGAGAACCGAACAUAGGACCACUUAUGGCAAUGUUAGUAGGUAGGUACGUCACUACCGUCAUAUUUUUCUUCCGUUCAGUUAAUGUUCUCAAAGCUAUAUAGGUCUACGCAAUACUUUGAGAAUAGUAACUGAGUAUUAUUUAUUUAUUUUUAACAGAGUUAUAAAGUUGCCUAUUUAAACUGUAUUUUCUCAAUUAUUAAUUUAAUAUUGACAUAAGUAUGUUAUUCUAAUGAUGGUAGUUCAUUCAUGAACAUGAUUUUGAAAUUACUUACAAUUUGAGACAAUAUUAUAGUUAUUAAUAUUAAUAGGUAUUUUAACUAAGUUCUUUACUAAACAAAAAAUACACCGAAACUAAUAAAAUGUUUUGUUUGUAUUAAACACGAACUAUUUAUUACUAAUGAAGUCUUGAUUACUAUCAAUACUAAUUUACGACAAAAAGUAUAUUUUCCAUUUUUUUUUGUAAUUCAUUCUACCACUAUAAUUUGUUUUUUUUUUAUUGUAAAAGAAAAAAUAUUUUUGUUUUAUAAUUGUUAUUGUGUUUAAAUUGUGUCCCUGUCUGCAUGAUACAAAUAACAUUUAAGUAACAUAACGCCUUAAUAAAGUUUACUAAACUAAAA